CGGCGGGGCGGUUGCAGGCAGCGGACGGGACGGGAGGUGUUGCCGCCGGGACGGAGGAGACAGACGAAGCAGCGCGGGCCGUCAUGGACAGGACGGCCGUGGUGAAGGUCGGGGCCGCGGCCAGCGCCAGCGUGUGCGCCCUGUUCGGCGGGGUGGUCCUGGCCCAGUACAUCGUGGCCAAGAAGAAGCGAGCGGGCAAGAAGACCCGGAUCAUAGAGAUGAUGCCUCAGUUCGAGAAGAGCACGGUCCACAUGAGGGACCCCGAGAGGGUGGAGCAGAUCAUCUGUGGCCUCAUCAAAGGAGGAGCCUCCAAACUGCAGAUCAUCACUGACUUCGACAUGACACUGAGCAAGUUUGCGAUCAACGGCAAACGCUGUCCCUCAUGUCACAAUAUCAUCGAUAACUGCAAGCUGGUGUCGGACGAGUGCCGGCAGAAGCUGCUGCAGCUGAGGAAUAAGUAUUACCCCAUUGAGAUCGACCCUCAUCUCACCAUGGAGGAGAAAUACCCCUUCAUGGUGGAGUGGUAUUUCAAGUCUCACACGCUUCUGGUGGAGCAGCGGCUGGAGAAGGACAAGCUGCCGCAGGUGGUGAGAGAGUCGGAUGCUGCUCUCAGGGAAGGCUUUGAGCAGUUUUUCGACCGCCUGCAGCAGCACAGCGUCCCCGUCUUCAUUUUCUCCGCCGGCCUGGGCGACGUGCUGGAGGAGAUCCUCCGCCAGUCCGGAGUGUACCACCCCAACAUCAAGGUGGUCUCCAACUUCAUGGACUUCGACGACAACGGCGUCCUGCGGGGCUUCAAAGGGGAGCUGAUCCACGUCUACAACAAGCACGACGGCGCCCUGAGGAACACGGAGUACUUCAAACAGCUGAAGGACUACUGCAACAUCAUCCUGAUGGGCGACUCGCUGGGAGACCUCAGCAUGGCCGACGGAGCGCCCAGCGUGGAGAACAUCCUCAAGAUCGGCUUCUUGAAUGACAAGGUGGAGGAGCGCCUGGACAAAUAUCUGGACUCUUACGAUAUCGUCCUGGUUAAGGAUGACACUCUGGAAGUGCCCAACGCCAUCCUCCAGAAGGUUUUAUAACCUGAAGAUCGCCCCCCCCACCGCCGCCCCACCCAGUCCAACACGUGCUCAAUCAUCCGGCUCCAGAACACUCCUGAACCCCCACCCCCCCCGGUGCACCUCCUCCACCCUUCAGCCUUUCUGAAAGACAUUUUAAAUCUCCCCAGUGAACUCUUCUAAAAGUCAGCAACAGCCUGUCGCUCGUGUGUUUUGCCAGUUUUACUUGUUUUCUGAUGUUUUCUGAUGUUUUCUCUCUCCUUUUAUGAUGACAAAUUAACCGAAAGUGAGACAAAAGGUCACCAUGAACUCACUCCGUCGGCCUGAUUUGCACCGUUACUAUCACCUGGGCUGUUCCGAGGAUGUUGUCUUCACUACAGUAGUGUUUUAUACAGUGAACCCGGUGCUUCCUGUGUUCUGGAACUAUCCCAGCACGCCUGUCGCCUCAGGCGCUUCUCAUCACACCAACGGCUCUCAAACUGAGCUGCUCUCGAUGUAUUCGACAUAUCUGGAACAGCUCUGAGGUCAUGGAACGAGGUCAGGUUAUGAAAGACUUUUGGAAACGUAGCUCUGACACAGGAUCGCCACCAACAACAGUAUUUAUUUGAAUUUAAGAAAAAAGAUUCAGGCGAUCAGGAGGAAAGUGAGGAAACGCACUUUAAAUUUUGAGUAUGGGGACAUGAGAUUCCCUGCUGCACACGUGGCAGCAGUUUGGAUAUGUGGAUGUAGAAACUAGUUCUUGCACAUAGGAAAGCCAUGUUUACCUUUUUGUUUUUGGUUUUUUUUUAAGCCUGAGUGUUACUUCACAGAAAAAGAAAUGCUUGAUUCUUCAUAGAAAGCAUUCAUAACUCACCUAAAUAAGCAUCUUUCAUGCCAGUGCUGAAGGCUAAAGAGGUAUUAGAGUUUAUCAACAGAAAUUGUAACAGAGGCCUUGAGAUAUUCUCGUAAAAUAGAGAUUAUAGUUCAUCUGAAGUCCACAGAAGAAACCCAUCAUGAGAUCUGCUGAAGGUCACCUCAUCAUUUUUUCAACCUGUGGUUAAAUAGAGCUCUACCUCCAAUCUAUUUGACUUGUUUUUAUCAAGAGGCUCAAAAUAUCUCAGUCUGUCGCGACUUGUUGUGUUGAAUGUUCUCUUCCGACUUGUGUGUGUUUUUAAUGUGCUGCUGUCACCUGCAUGUUGCCUUUUCUUAUUGUUGAGUUCUUGUCAAAGAAACAGGAGACUAAAAUAUAUCUAUAUAUAUGACAAUAUCAAUACGAUGGGGAAUAAUAAUGUCAUACUGUACAUUUAGACUGGUGUGUUUUAUUUUUAUAAGCAGAUGGCUUUUUUUCUUUCAUGAUGUGACUUUAAAAUGCAAUAAAAAAAAGAAGUCCUUUUGUGAA